UUUUUGGGGUCGCAGUUUCUAAUCUGAUUUUAAUCGUUUACAUUCAGCGCUGGAUUAGACCGAUAGAGUUAAACGUAGGUUUAUUCUUGCCGUUGCCCCACCCUACUGUAGACAGCGCGCUUUUAAAUAAACCCGACAAUAAAUCUCCAUAAAACCACUGUCAUUCGCUAAUUUACGCGAUAAUACGCAUGUAAAAGCAGGCGUUUUGGACGCGUUCACAGCCGAGUCGGUGAGCACGCGUCGUCAGGUGCUGCAGCGUCCAUAAACGCCCUCCUGCACGAGCACCAGACGAGAGCUGCGCUUAAAUCCGAGAUGGCAAAAGCCGACCAACGCUUCGGGCAGAGAGAUGGAUCUGAUCAGAACUUUGACUACAUGUUCAAACUCCUGAUUAUUGGCAACAGUAGUGUAGGAAAGACCAGCUUUUUAUUCAGAUAUGCAGAUGACUCCUUUAGCAACUCUUUCGUCAGCACAGUCGGCAUCGACUUUAAGGUGAAGACGGUUUACAGGAACGACAAGAGAGUGAAGCUCCAAAUAUGGGACACAGCGGGACAGGAGCGCUAUAGAACUAUUACAACAGCUUACUAUAGAGGAGCCAUGGGCUUCAUCCUCAUGUACGACAUCACAAAUGAAGAGUCCUUCAAUGCAGUGCAGGACUGGGCAACACAGAUUAAGACCUAUUCAUGGGAUAAUGCUCAGGUGAUAUUAGUGGGGAAUAAAUGUGACAUGGAUGAGGAAAGGGUGGUGUCUUUUGAGAAGGGGAAACACUUGGCCGACCAGUUAGGGUUUGAGUACUAUGAUGCCAGCGCCAAGGAGAACAUCAACGUCAGACAAGUAUUUGAGCGCUUAGUUGACAUUAUCUGUGUGAAGAUGUCUGAGAGAGUCGAUACGGAUCCAUCCAUGGUCACCGGUGCCAAAACCACCCGGCUAACCGAUAAGCCACCCCAGCUACCUCAGAAUUGUUGCUGAUUUCCAUCUUGACCCAUAUGCCAACUUAUCAGCAGCAGAUCCGAUGUUGUUUGGUUUGAUGUUAUGUAAUAUGGCAAUUGGAACCAAUCUGGGGUGCGUUUUAUAGUAUGAUGCAUCGUUAGAAAAAUUAAUUAACUAGUGACGACUGUUUCUGGAAAUUGUAGUAACAUGGUCACAUCUUCAUCAUUUAAACAUGUUGGUCCAACAAUAUAGAAUUGUCGUUAAUGGUGUCGCAUACAGGCAAUGGAGUAAAAACGUCUGAUAAAUAAUCGAUUCCAUAGUUUAUAGUUCAAGAGAACGCUGUUAAUUUUUUUAAAUCGCGUUAACGUAGUAUGUAAUUGGCGUACACUUUACUUCCCUAUACACUGGGUUGUUUCAGUCAGCAUCUUCUCCACAACGUAAUUUCUCUGAGAUUCUACGAACGUAGCAUCUAAGGAUUACUUAACUAUUUCGUUCCCCUUGUUUUUCUUUUAUUUGAUGUACGAUUCAUCACAUGUUCCCUUUUCCGUCAUACUCCAGGGUUCCGUACGCAUUUACACACAAGUGUACUCUUCAAAAAUGCUGCUUAUUGUAGACGCGCUAAAAUACAUAUAAUACAAUGCAUAUACAUUUAGAUGUCAUGCUAACAAGAAACUAAGCUCCUAACCACAUGUCAAAAGCUGUAGUUCCAACCACGCAUUUUUUGCGAAAAUUCAUUGGAACUAUGGUUUCGGGAAACAUUGAAUCAUUGAACUUUGUUGAUAGCGACAGAACUUGUGACCAUAGUUGGCUAACGAUGCGGGAAACGCACCCUUGUUUGUUUGUAGCUGUUAAACACAUGAAGUAGUUCAGUAAUAAUAGUACACUUCUAACUUAAUCAGUCCAUAGGAAACUUAAAGCAGGGACUAGAGCAAAGCACAAAAACUAUUACUUGGCUCUCAGAACUUAAGUGUUCACUGUUGAAACUAGAUUUAAAACACAAUCUGUUGUGGCACAAUCUUGCUAAUCUUAUGAAUUAUAUAUUGAGUGUACUGUAGUAGUAUAUGAGUACUUUUAAGGGAUAGUUCACCCAAAAAUAAAAACUGUCAUCAUUUGCUGAUCCUCAAGUUGUACCAAAUUUUUAUGAGUUUCUUUUUUCUGUUAAACACAGAAUGUAGAGAAUGUUGUUAACCAAACAGUCGACGGUAGCCAUCGUCUUCUAUAGUAUGGAGAAAAAUACUAUAGAAGUGAAUGGCUACCAGCAGUUGUUUGCAUCAUACAGAUUUUGAACAACAUGUGAAUGAGUAAACGAUGACAGAAUGGGUGAACUAUCCCAUUAGUGAAGGUAAAAUGGUGGAUAUUAUGUUAAAAGGCACAAAAAUAAACUCAGACUUUUGCAAAAUGGCCAUUAUGCAGUUUUCAGGGUGGUUUCAAUGCUCUGAUUUGAUUGGAUCAGAAGCAGAUGCACAUUGUAUGUUGGACUCCAUCUAUUAACUGCUGGCACAGUAUGUGUUUUGAGAAAAUGAGCACUUGCUUAAGCUUUCUUUAUGUUAAGAGAGAAAAAAAUGUGAUGUUUAGUGAAUUCAUGAUUAGGUAUGCUAAAUAAAAUUCAUGUCUCACACAAAAAUAUGAUAUUAAAUUCAUGUUAAACUUAGUAUUGUCAGAAACCACAUGUAACAGUUGUGAGUAAUAAUAGACUGAACACGAUCAGCACAUUUCAUAGUCAGGUGACGUUCAAAAGAUAUUAUUCUUCGCUCAAGUCCUCGAGCAGAACAGCAAGAUAUAUUGUGAACUCGUGCCAGGAUGUCUUUAUAUUUCAGAAACUUGUAGCAAAUCCUUGUGGGUUCGUGUAUGUAUAAUCUACUUUGGACUUUUAUCAAGUGACGUACGAGUAUUUUCUGUAACUAUAGUCAAAAUUAUUCCAAAUGAGAUAUUUUUAAUUCAGAUGUUAUAGGCUACUUUUUGUUUUUCUGAGUAGAUAUUUAUUUUUAUGCUGCUGGAAUAUAGUUGUACCUUUGCUGUCAGUGUAUUUUGAUUUGUAGACAAUUUGCACUGGGGCAUACAGUGAUUGUACAGUUGUGAAUGUUACUUUUAGAUGCAAUUUGUAACAAUAAAAGCACAAAUCACAUAUAAUAAUGCUAAUAUUUACAUGCCACGUCUGUCAUUGUAUGUAUGGUAUGCUCAUGGCCAGUAUAAUAAAGAUAUAUACUAUA